AUGGUGCCCUCAAAAACCGACAAGACCGUCGAGUUUUCUUCGUCGGGGAUGUUCAUUAUCGACGACGUUGAACACGAGGACGGUUCUUUGCUGAAAAAUGUUAUUGGCGGUGGUGGAACAUGGGCCUUACUCGGUGCCCGCAUCUGGACCCCCGGCGCUGAAGCAGCCCGUCUUGGGCUUGUGAUUGACGUUGGAACCGACUUCCCUGAAGAAGUGCGUACCCAGCUGGAGCAGCUGGGAACUGGCAGCUUGUUCCGGGCCAAUCCCGACCGACUGACUACUCACGGCUACAACUACGUGCACAACAAUGGCUUCCGCCACUUCGAAUACAAAUCGCCCAAGAGGGCGAUUGGUGCUGACGACCUGAUCGAGGCUGGUUUUCAUAACUGUGAGACCUUGCAUGUCAUUACCAAUCCGACCAAGUUCCGUCGCAUGCACGCGCGUCUGAUGGAGCACCGCACGGCUGCUGCACCUCCCCUCAUCGUCUGGGAGCCCACGCCUGAGAGCUGUUUGCCGGAGCACUGGGACGAGUGUCAAGAAGCCAUGAAGCUGUGCGACAUCUUCUCCCCCAACGAGGUCGACUCGGCCGGCUUCUUCGGCGUCGCUCCCGAGCACAGUCUGUCCAAGGCCACCGAGUUCGCACAGGCGUUCAGCGAGCUCCAGAUCGGCCCCAAUGGCCGUGGAUGGGUCGUCCUCCGCUGCGGCCAUAUGGGCUCUUUCAUUGCUCCAUGUGUGCAGCAGACCCCCACUGUUUCCUCCUCGUCGCCCCGCACGCUUACUCACCUGCCUUGUUUUCCCAUGGACCCCCACACUGUCGUUGACACCACAGGUGCCGGGAACACGUUCUGUGGCACGCUGAUCGUCGAGUAUCAUCGCACGAGCAACAUCAUUGAAGCAGCGCUUAAGGCUACCGUUAGUGCUUCUUUUGCCAUCCAACAGUAUGGUCUACCCCGACUCACGUGUAUGACGUCCGACGAUGACGAUAGCAGUUUUGGACGCGGUCGCGACUUCGGCAGUCGCGAGCUUUGGAAUGGCGAGUCGGCUUCAGAUCGCCUGCAGCGGUUCUACGCGUUUCUCAGCAAACAGGCGCCGGACCUUCUGUAG